AUGUCACGCUUAUCAGGUCAUCGAAAUUUAAAUCUCAAACCAGUAUCAACAUUUAAUGAACCACCAGGAUCAAACCUUAUCUUUAAAUGGUCUAUAUCGGCUACUCCUUCACCGUUCCUAGAAGAUAAUUAUUCGUCAGUUAUGCUUCCUUCAAUUGAUACUGCUCGAUCUCGAAGGAAAAUUUCUACUGAUUCAUCUACAUUAACACAUGUCAGUUCAGCAAGUCAUUCUUCUGUAUCUACACGAAGAUCCUCAUAUCUACCUUCUGUUAACAAGACAUAUCUUUCACCAGUACCAACUGAAGACGAUCAAAGUUCUACACAAAGCAGUCCAUUAUUACUUGGUUAUCGUCAAUUACAUCAAGCAUUAUCUUCUUCCCCAGUAAAACAAUACACAGAAAACAAUCUUUCUAUUCAUCCAAUAUCUGAUGAUAAACGAAGCAGUGUUUCUAUCUAUUCAAUAUCUGAUAGUAAAAGAAACAGUAUUUCUAUUCAAUCAAUAUCCAAUAACAAACAAAACACUGUUUCUAUUGAUUCAAUAUCAGAUACGAAACAAAAUAGUGCUUCUCUUCAUUCAAUAUCCAGUAAUAAACGAAGCAGUAUUUCUAUUCAUCCAAUAUCUGAUAACAAACGAAACAGUAUCUCUUCUGUGAACAAUAAAUUAUCUUCUACAUUAAAAACAACAAAGUCAUUAAAGACUACAGCACCUUUAAUAUCGACAAAAUAUGAACAACGUUUAUUAAAUAAUAAUUUUGUACGAUUAAAUACAGCGCAAUUACGUCAAUUAAAUGUAUCUGAAAAGUAUAUGAAUGAAGCAAAAAAACUUUAUUAUAAUAUUCCUUGUAGAAGUUUUGUACCUCGUGUUGCAAUGGUAUGA